AAUUCUGAACUAUUUUGAAAAAGUACUUUUAUAUGAUAAUGUGUCCUAAUUAUGCUGCUAAAAUUUAAAUCAUCAUUUUUUUAAAAAUUGUAAUGUAUUCAGAAGUUAAAAAAAACAGAGAAAAAAAACUUUCGAAUCGAAAUUUGUUCUGAAGAAGAAGCAACGUUUGCCCAUGCUCCAUGGCAAAAUCGAUCCAAGUCAUCUGCGCCACGAUACGGCGCUAUGUGGAAUUCGACUCUUAUACUUGAUAUACACAAAGGACGUAAUCAAAACAAUUGUUGAUAUACGCUAUGCACUUCAAGAAGAAAUAAAUCUUUUUCUCAAUUUUCAUGGAAGUGAACAUAAAAUAUUUAUGAGAAUCUUCAACAAAUUUCUUUAAAUGAAUAGUGAAAAUAUAGAAAUCAGAAAUAUUAAUUUUCUGGUGAAAGAGGAUUUUUGAAACUGAGAUCGCACUUCAAUGUUUCAGUUCGGAUGUCGACCAUGGAAUUUGAGCUUUAUCUGCGUAAUAGUGCUUGUCCUAUCGAACAUAUUGUUGACUUUUUUAUUACUACAAUCAGAGAACUGCAUUCCUUCCAAUAUUGCCAAAGAAAUGAAUACAAAUACAAUUACAGAAUGGAAUCUACGAUCAUGGCCAAAAGAUGACAUACCUGAGAAGCUCUGCCCACAACACGAGGAACCACCCAAAGUAGAUGAUAUUUUAAAAUUAAAUAUCCAACUCGGUAGAUGGGAUUCACGUCGUCUUUAUAAAACAUUCGAUUCAAUAUUAGUGGGUGAUAAAUUUGUCGAUUUAUCAAAAGCAUCAAAAGUUUGUCUUGCCACGCAAACAUCAUUAGAAAAAUUAUAUUCAUUAGUUCAAGUUGUACACCAUUGGUCAGGACCAAUAUCAGUCUCACUAUUUGUCGCUGGCGAUGAAGAAUUUCAAGUACUACAGAAAUUUUUAAUUUACCUCAAUCAUUGUUAUGAGCCAAUUAAAAAUCAAGUUACAUUUUCAUUGGCAAUGCCAAAAUCAAAAUUACUUGUCAAGCAGCCAAAGUCAUUUCAAAUUCCAGAAAAUAGCGAUUGUUCAAAACCAGAGGCAACAUUAAAUUUUCUAUUAAGUGAAAUAUCUGAGGAGCAAUCUAAUUGGCGGAUACGUAAUGUAUAUCCACAAAAUCAUAUGAGGAAUUUGGCGAGAAAAAAUUGUCAAUCUGAUUAUGUAUUCUUGACUGAUAUUGAUAUUGUACCUAGUUAUAAUAUGGCAAAUGUUUUAGAAGAAUUUCUAUUAAACACUAAUUGUGAAAAAUGUGCAUAUGUGAUACCAACUUAUGAAUUAGAUGUCAGAGUUAGAUUUCCACAAAAUAAAUCGGAGUUGAUUCGUCUUGCUAAAAAAGGUCUCGCUAGACCAUUUCAUCAAAAAGUUUUCAUUCACAAUCAAUUUGCCACGAACUUUACAAGGUGGGCAAUGGAUGUCACUUCAGGUCAUCCAAAUUAUGAGAAAUUUAAAAAUGGCAAAAUUUACAUAAGCCAUGAUGUUACGAAUUUUGAAUUUCUCUAUGAACCAUUUUAUGUUGCGAAAGAUGUUGCACCGCCUCAUGAUGAGAGAUUUAUGGGUUAUGGAUACACUAGAAACACACAGGUAUAUGAAAUGUAUGUAUCCGGUUAUAAAUUUAAAGUAUUAUCGCCAAUAUUCACAAUUCAUUGGGGAUUACAAACACGAAAAAGUAGGCCUAGUUGGCGAGAGAGACAAAACAGUGCAAACAGAAAACAAUUUGAAGUAUUUAAAAAGGAGAUAUUAGCAAAAUAUAUACAGGAGUCUUUAAAAACUGUCAAGGGAUCGCAUUGAUACUUUGCGAUAAAAACUACAAGAAUUAUUCUCUAUUGAGUACUUUAUAGAUCAAUAGUGAUAUAAAUAUGUGCAAUGUGAAAAUAAAAUUGUGUAAGACAAUAUUUAAUAGAAAUUGAAUUAUUAAAAAUUUCAUAUUUAUAAUAAAUGUAAAGAAUCAUUUUAAUAUUUUACAAAGAAACAGAAGUUGAUGUACUUUAUAAAUUGAAGAGGAAUAUUUUUUACUGUGUCAAAUAUUACAGUUGUAAAUUACUCUUUUUGUAUAUUAUAAACUUUAGUUGUUCUUUUAAAUGUGAUGUUAAUAUUAAUAAAAAGAGAAUUACUGUUCCAGUAAAAAAGGGAUGUGAGUUAAUUUUUUUAGAUCUUCUUACCUCAAUUGCAAUUUACGAAAAAACUACUGAACA